AUGAAUAACACACUUUUACAAUCGACUCCAUUGACUUUUAGUGAAGAAUUGAAAAAAGCAUUCAACGAAAGGAAUAUAUUGACGACAAGAUCUAAAAUGAAAGUUUUAUCUGCAUUAAACGAAUUUACAAAAACAUCUAAAAUUCAAAAAGAAAAAGAAUUGAAAGAGAAAGCAAUUAAUGAAAUAUACACAUCUGAAAUUAAUUAUUUGAAACAAUUAGAAAUAAUUAUGAAGUACUUCAUGGAACCUUUAAGAAAUAAAAAUUGGCUUCCAACAAACACAUUUCACGCUCUGUUUGGAAAUAUUGAAAUUUUAUAUAAGGUUAAUGGUGAAUUACUUCAAGAAUUAAAAAAACAAAAUGGAAAUGUGGGUGCUGCAUUUAACAGAUUAGCACCUUAUUUAAAAUUAUAUUCUGUUUAUGCCUACGAUUACAAGCAAGCUCUACAAAUAUUACAAGAAAUGCAAAAGAAUAAUAAAGAAUUACAUGAGUUCAUAACAACACAUGAAAAAAGACCAGAAGUUUCUGCAUCAUUUCAAUCGUUGUUAAUUGUUCCAAUUCAAAGAAUUCCACGAUAUAAAUUAUUAUUACAGGAAGUAUUAAAUCAUACUUGCGUGGAUGAUCCAGAAUAUUUUAUUUUACAAGGUGCUUUAAAAAAAAUUGAAGAAACAGCGUCUCACAUAAAUGAUCACGUUAGCCAAUAUGAAAAUGUUGAAAGUAUGUUAUCUCUAGCAAAAAGAUUAACAGGUUCACCAUUGGAUAUUGUCGAACCUGGAAGGAAAAUCAUUAAACAGGGUUCAUUAAUGAAAGUAUCGAAAAAUUGGAAAAGAUCAGAUUCGAGAUACGUUAUACUUUUUUCCGAUUAUUUAAUGUAUUGUAAAGGAAGUGAAAUGGGUCCUUUGAAAUUUUCCGGUCUUUUACCCAUAAGACACUGUCAAGUCGAACCUAUAUUCAGCACAGGAGUUUUUAAAAUCGUCUGCCAAGAAGAAGUUUUAUUUUUUUACACGUCGGAUUCUAAAUAUGGAUCCGAAUGGAUAAAUUCGUUACAAACGGCAACGAAAGAACAUCAGGAAUGUAGGAAAACACUGAGAAAAGAAAGCAGCAGACGAAAACCUCUCAGACGUAGUAAUAAUAAUAAUAAUAAUAGUAAUAAAUAUAAUAAUUACGGUUCGAAAAAUUAUAAAUUUUUUAAUAGAAAAGAACAACAAACAACGACUAAUUAUUCCGGUUGUUUCGGUCGUUUGUUAUUUUUAAGAUGA